CGCUAUCAUUGGCCAGUAAAUGCGCAGAGGAAGCUGAGGGAGUCGCGGAGGAGCGAGAGGAAGGUGACGGGGUUAAUAAUGUGGAGGAAACGCAGCAGAACACAAGUGUCGAUGUUGGGGAGACCUCACAGCCCCCCACUGCCAAGAAGAAAAAGAAGAGGAAGAAUGCGGCCAAAGCUGAGGGGGCAGAUGCAAAGAAAGCAAAGCAAGAGGCUCCGGAAGGUUCUGACCAAGAGUCCAAAUGUGAGAACCAUGUAGAAACCAAAGCGGAGGAAGAAGCAGAGGAGGAAGAGGAUGGGCCGACCUUACCCAUGGGCCUUACAGGGGCAUUUGAGGACACCGCCUUCUCCUCUCUGGCCGAGUCGGUUAAUGAGAACACGCUGAGAGCCGUUACAGAGAUGGGCUUCACCCACAUGACUGAGAUUCAGCACAAGGCGAUCCGACCCCUCCUGGAGGGCCGGGAUGUUCUGGCUGCUGCCCGUACCGGUAGUGGGAAGACCUUGGCGUUCCUGAUCCCGGCCAUUGAGCUGGUGUACAAGCUGAAGUUCAUGCCCCGGAAUGGUACCGGGGUGCUCAUCUUGUCUCCCACCCGGGAGCUGGCCAUGCAGACCUAUGGGGUCCUGAAGGAGCUGAUGGCUCAUCACGUGCACACGUUCGGCCUGAUCAUGGGGGGCAGCAACCGCUCGGCGGAGGCACAAAAACUCGCCAAUGGGGUAAAUAUCGUGGUGGCGACGCCCGGGAGACUCCUGGACCACAUGCAGAACACACCGGGUUUCAUGUACAAGAACCUGCAGUGUCUGGUAAUUGACGAGGCGGAUCGGAUCCUGGAGGUCGGGUUUGAGCAGGAGAUGAAGCAGAUCAUAAACCUGUUGCCCAAGCGCAGGCAAACAAUGCUCUUCUCUGCCACCCAGACCCGCAAGGUGGAGGAUCUCGCCCGGAUCUCUCUGAAGAAGGAGCCGCUCUAUGUCGGAGUCGAUGAUCAUAAGGAGACGGCCACGGUGGAUGGGUUGGAGCAGGGUUACGUUGUUUGUCCCUCAGAGAAAAGGUUUCUCUUGCUCUUCACAUUCCUAAAAAAGAAUCGGAAGAAGAAGAUGAUGGUUUUCUUCUCCUCCUGUAUGUCUGUCAAGUAUCACUAUGAGCUUCUCAACUAUAUCGACCUCCCUGUCAUGGCCAUUCAUGGGAAGCAAAAACAGACAAAACGCACGACCACGUUCUUCCAGUUCUGCAACGCCGAGUCUGGGAUCCUGCUCUGCACCGACGUGGCUGCCCGGGGGCUGGACAUUCCGGAGGUGGAUUGGAUAGUGCAGUACGACCCCCCCGAUGACCCCAAGGAAUAUAUCCAUCGGGUCGGCAGGACGGCUCGGGGCAUUGACGGAAGGGGCCACGCUCUGCUGAUUCUGAGGCCGGAGGAGCUCGGCUUCCUGCGUUACCUGAAACAAGCCAAGGUGCCACUCAGUGAGUUUGAGUUCUCCUGGAGUAAAAUUUCUGAUAUCCAGACUCAGCUGGAGAAGCUGAUAGAGAAGAACUAUUACCUGCACAAGUCGGCGCAGGAGGCGUACAAGGCCUAUAUUCGCGCCUACGACUCCCACUCGCACAAACAGAUCUUCGACGUCAACACCCUGAAUCUGCCCAAAGUGGCGAUUUCCUUCGGCUUCCAAGUGCCGCCCUUUGUGGAUCUGAAUGUGAACAGCAGCGGGGGCAAACGGCUGCAGAAACGCGGCGGCGGCGGGGGAUUCGGGUAUCAGAAGUCGAACAACCAGCACAAAGCCAAGAUAUUCAAACACAUAAACAAAAGGGGGCGGGGAGAUGGGCGGCAGUUCACGCGCUGAUUGGUUGGGCGGCAGUUCAUGCGCUGAUGGGUGGGGCACACAACGCACAUUUAUACUUUGCCUCCCACAGUAAAAUUAGUUUUGGGCAAAAA